AUGUCUGCCGCCAAGGAAUUCACCUACUCGGACGUCUCGGAGCACGCCUCCAAGAAGGACCUCUACAUUGUCAUCCACGACAAGGUCUACGACUGCACAAGCUUCGUCGACGAGCAUCCCGGUGGUGAGGAGGUCAUGCUCGACGUCGGCGGCCAGGACUCGACCGAAGCGUUCGAGGACGUCGGCCACUCGGACGAGGCACGCGAGAUCCUCGACGGUCUGCUCGUUGGCACCUUGAAGCGCGUGGAGGGCGACCCAAAGCCCAAGAGCUACGCACAGCCCGGCUCGACCUCGACCGCGACCGACAGCGCCUCGACAGGUGUGGGCCUCUACGCCAUCAUCCUCGUCGGCGGCGCGCUCGCUUUCGGUGCCUGGAAGUACCUCCAGAGCCAGAGCGAGCAGCAGUAA